UCGACAUUUCUUUCCUUAUUAAGUCACACACACAAAAUUCCAACAGUAUUCUCGAAUGCUUGCAGGUGUAUGUGUUCUUCCUUUGAACUUUUUUAGUGAAAUUAGUAAGAAUGAGUGCCAGCAUUCAAAGCACUAGAACUCUAGGCAGCAUGGAAAUAAACAAAUGAAAUCUCUUAGGUACUGGAUAGAUUUGAAGGAUGUUAUAAGCAAACUUAUCACAGCCAUCUGUUCCUCCUCCCCAUCCUCCGGCUGCAAACUCUUUGCAAUAGGUUGUUGUGCUGCCCUACUCCUGGCAGCAGUGGGUAGUGUAAUGCUUCUUGCUGUUGGAAGCUAUGUUGAAAACUGACAGCACAAAUAUCUCCUGGAAGAGCUGCAGAUCACGUAAACAUCAGUGGGAGGCUGAGAGCGUAUUUACUGGGGGAGCUGUUGCAAAAUGGAAAUGGCAUACUCUAGGGAAUAACUGCUAUUCUGUGAUAGUGGUUCCCUGGGAAACUUGUUGGAAGUUUUGUUCUGGAUCAGGCUAAAAUGCAGACACUGGUACACAGGGAGAGUUUUGGAGUCAGUGAGCAUUGAUUGAUUCCAGACUGCAUCCCUGCUGCUGUGCGCUCAUUGGUAUUACAGGAGGUGGAUGUUGUGGUAGCGCCGUGUCGUGGAUUCCAGUCUGCUGAAGCCACCCUGGGAGAGUACAUGAACCAGGUCUUGCUUGUUGUCAUCUUUGCCAUCAGCGAGGCUGAACUUUCUUCAUCAGAUGAGAACGAACUGCGUGAAAUCAAAGAGAAAUUCUCUUUGCCCAUUUUCUUCUUCAAGGUGCCAGAGUCAGGAGUUGAGCUGAUCUCUCCGAAAAAAACUGAUAACGAAAAAUCCUCUCUUUGCUGCCAGCUGAUGGACUUGGAGUACCUGAGCACCAACCACUGCAGCUGCGGGGCACCCAGCCCUGAUGCUGAUGCCCAAAGCAUGCUGGUGGAGCAGCUGGAAAAGCUCCGUCUCCUAAGCACUUUUUCCAGGCAGGUGCUGCAGAGGCAUCUCGUGGAAGCAGCCACCAGUUUAAAUGAGGUUCACUGCCGUUGCCUCAACAUCUUCAUCAACCAGGCUUUCGACAUGCAGCGGGACCUGCAGAUCACCCCCAAGAGGCUGGAGUACACCCGCAGGAAGGAGAACGAGCUCUAUGAGUCUCUGAUGAACAUUGCCAACCGAAAGCAGGAGGAGAUGAAGGACAUGAUCAUAGAGACUCUUAGCAGUAUGAAAGAAGAGCUCUUGGAAGAUGCUGCUAAUAUGGAAUUCAAAGAUAUCAUAAUUCCUGAGAAUGGGGAACCUGUGAGCUCCAAGGACAUCAAGUGUUGUAUUAAACAAAUUCAGGAACUGAUUAUUUCUCGCUUAAACCAAGCAGUUGCCAACAAGUUAAUUAGUUCAGUGGACUAUCUGCGAGAGAGCUUUGUAGGGACUCUGGAGAGAUGCCUGAAGAGCCUGGAGGAGUCCUGGGAGGUUUCAGUACACCCUGCGAGGAGUUUGGAGAAGUCAAAGGAUGUUUCUGUACACAUCACAAGCAAUUAUCUCAAGCAGAUACUGAAUGCAGCCUAUCAUGUUGAAGUCACAUUCCACUCUGGCUCAACGGUAACCAGGAUGCUGUGGGAACAGAUCAAACAGAUAAUCCAGCGGAUUACAUGGGUCAGCCCACCUGCCAUCACCAGUGACUGGAAGAGGAAAGUUGCUCAGGAUGCUAUUGAGAGCCUCAGUGCAUCCAAGUUAGCCAAGAGCAUUUGCAGCCAGUUCAGGACCAGGCUAAACAGUUCCCAUGAGGCUUUUGCAGCUUCCCUGCGGCAGUUAGAAGAUGGCCAUUCUGGCAGGCUGGAGAAAACAGAAGACCUGUGGCUGAAGGUGAGGAAGGAUCACGCCCCUCGGCUGGCACGACUGUCGUUGGAGAGCAGGUCCCUCCAGGAUGUGCUGUUGCAUGGCAAACCAAAGUUGGGCCGUGAGCUGGGCCGAGGACAGUAUGGCGUGGUCUAUCUUUGUGACAGCUGGGGAGGGCAUUUCCCCUGUGCACUGAAAUCUGUUGUUCCUCCAGAUGAGAAGCACUGGAAUGACCUUGCACUUGAGUUUCACUAUAUGAGGUCUCUGCAGUCACACGAGCGGCUCGUGCAUCUCCAUGGCUCUGUGAUAGAUUAUGGCUAUGGAGGAGGUUCCAGCAUUGCUGUCCUACUGAUAAUGGAACGGUUGCACAGAGACCUCUAUACAGGACUAAAGGCUGGGCUAGAAUUAGAAACACGAUUACAGAUUGCCUUGGAUGUGGUUGAAGGAAUCCGUUAUCUUCACAGUCAGGGACUUGUGCACCGGGAUAUCAAACUUAAGAAUGUCUUGCUUGACAAAAAGAAUCGAGCCAAAAUCACUGACUUGGGGUUCUGCAAACCAGAAGCCAUGAUGUCUGGCAGUAUUGUAGGCACACCUAUUCACAUGGCUCCCGAACUGUUUACAGGAAAAUACGAUAACUCAGUGGAUGUUUAUGCAUUUGGCAUUCUGUUUUGGUACAUUUGUUCGGGACACGUGAAGUUGCCAGAGGCUUUUGAGAGAUGUGCAAGCAAAGAUCACCUUUGGAACAACGUUAGAAGAGGAGUUCGUCCAGAGCGCCUUCCUGUGUUUGAUGAGGAAUGCUGGCAGCUGAUGGAAGCCUGUUGGGAUGGAGAUUCCUCCCAGCGCCCUCUCUUGGGGAUUGUCCAACCUAUGCUGCAGGGGAUCAUGGACAGGCUCUGCAAGUCGAGCUCUGAGCACCCAAAUAAAGGGUUGGAUGACUCUACUUGAAAAGGAAGCGCAGAAGAAUUUUUAAUUGUGGGAGAAUUCUGAACCCCUAACUCUGCAGAUGGCUUCUUCAGAUGCAGCUCUUUGUGGCUAACAUGAGUGGGACAGGUAAUAGCAACCAGAAAGAUUGCUCGUAGAGUUGAGACCUUGGGGAUGUUCCAUCUUGAGCAGCAGCCAGAGACAUCUCCCCAGCACACCCCACUGAUGCUAGUUUCCCUGCUGCAGCUUUUAUUAUGGAGUUGUGCGAGUACGAUGGAAAAAAAAUACCACUCCCCUGAACUGAAAGGGAUUUUUGCCAAUCCCACGCAAACACCAAUCAAACAAAAGCAUCUUGUGUGUUUGGGUAGCAUCUGUGUUGCUAGGAAUUGAUUGUGACAGUCUUUACUGAGUAAAGUAACACCUCUCUUCCCCAUGAACUGAUGGUCCUCGGUGGCCUUCAGUCCACACAUAACUCUAUCCCAAUCACUUAGAGAUUGGCACCAAUUAGAGUGCAGUCAGAGGAAAGAGAAAGUAGAGGCUUUAGGCUAGAAGGUGUUCAGAAGCUAAGAGGAUCUGUAUCUGUAUUAGCUUCGUGCAACACUCCAAAUGUUUACAUUGACAGGAGCAAAGCUUCCGUGUUUUACCUAAGGGGGAUUAUCUACUGUUCCACUGCAGUUAAAAGACCCCAAGUCAUAAGCUAUUUAUCUCUUAUGUACCCUUCACCUCUUAGUUGUGUAAACAAACUCUUUUCUGGUAGUUUUGGUUCAUAAUAGUUAUCUGAAUGUCUGAAGAAACCUGACUUUUCCUUUCACAGUCUUUUGGGAAAAUGGAAGACUGCUCAGAUUACAUGGCACAGAAUCUUAAAAGUCCUUACAUCUAAUGACUGUCCGUGGGGAAAAUGCCAAUUCAUUUUAAUUACAUUUGGGGUUUGAAUUAGUUGUGAUGGCAAAGACAGUUUUAAAUUGUACCAACUAUGACAGACUUCUUUUUUUUUUAUUUUUAAAAAAAAAAAGGUUUCUUCAGCUUUUAUAUAAUUUCACGUGCUUGGUGAGAACAUAGUCAAGGGAAAACAGGUCAUGCACUCUUCCUCAGUAGCUUUUGUGUGUCCAUUCAUCUGAUUGCUUCACUCUGGGAUCUCCAAUUUGGCUCUGGUGCCCUCAUGAAGUGGCUUACUCUCGAAUGUUCUUGCCCUGUGUCUUCUGCAUUUCUGGGCAAUAAACCUGUGGGGUGGAUGCUGAGAUAGAAACUGCACCUUGUUUACUACAUGAGGAAAUAGAGUGGGCAAGUUCUCACUAAGCUCUCACUAAAUUUCCAGUUCUUCCCAGCUGCAGGGGAUGGGCACCCAAUGGCUUUGUUUCCCAGGGAAGCUGGCAUAGUGCAUCCAGAACUGUAGGCACGUGGAAUUACUGCACCUCGUUGCUGGAAUUUAUUGGCUAAUACAUAACAAAACUACAACUGAUAAUCUGCUUGUUAAACAGCUUGAGCAAAGGAAAGGGAUACGUAAUCCUGCAGUAGUAGUUUAGUUUAACUCUUUCCUUCUUUGUGCAAUAGACAGACUUAAUGCUUUUUUAUAUUUAAAAAAAAAAAACCUUUUUUGUUUUUUUUAACUUGCCUGCACAUAUUGUAAGCAUUUUCCAGUCUGUGAUGGCAUUAACAAUGUGGCUCUAUUCAGACACAUCUAUGGCUGCUCCAGCUGAAGGUGCAGCAGCCAAAACUGCAUCUGCAGAAGAACAAAUGCUUUUCCAAAGUAGAAUUGCUGGGCAUCACCCUGCCCUGGUGCACGUUCAUGCCACCCAUGACACUAAUAGUAUUAACUCCUUUACUGUGCGUGGUGGUUAUAACCUUAUUUAAAACAAGGAGAGUCAAGGUCAGUCUCUUGCAAUUAAUAGAUAUAACUUGUGUAAAUAAAUGUAUGAAUAAAACUUAAAUCUCUGUAUAUGCAAUUCCAGAAACUUCUUGUAUAGCUUUCCCCACAUGGCCAUUCCCAGACACUCCUCUGCUGCCUUUUCUUUGUUCUUUGCAGCUCCUUUGUCUUGUUUCCAUUUAGUACGUUUUCAUGCAUGUGCAGCAUCACAGCUCAGCAGGUUUUCCCAAACUUUGCACUGCUUUCUCUGCACUUUUUCCCAUUGACUAUGAAGUUCUUGCUGAGAGGAGAGCUUUCACAAUUGAUCUUUAAAAUGUCUUCCCCCUCCCCCCACUCUUUUUUUAAGAGUAAGGUGACCGAGACUAAUAGGAACUGCAUUAAAAGAUCCUGCUACCUGUAACCACUGCCACCUGUGUGGGACGGCAUGCUCAGAUCAGGAGUUGCCAUCCCACACCCUAACACCUUUCCUGGAGCUCCGUCCUGCUCCAAGGGGAGCUCAGCUGUAGGAUUUUAGAUGCAAGCUUUCUUUGCACAAGUCAGGAGUUUACCUGUUCAUAGGGACCCGUAGGAGGCAGCAGCGGAGCUGCAAGGUGCAAGAACACAGUGCCAGGUGCUGAGCCUUGCUCUGCCAGCACUCAGCCUUCACUUGCAAACACUACGGAGGAAAAAGGAGCUGGGAGCAAAGGCUGAGGAUGGCACAGGGCUGAACGGCCAAAGCCCUUCAUUCAGAGGUUCCUCCUGACACUAAAAGGCUGCGGAUCUGCUCCCUCCCAGCCCACGUUACGGACAGCCCGUGGCUUUCAGCUCUGAAGCAGCAAGCAAAUAGGAAUGUUGUAGACCCCGUGUAUUUUGUAUCGCUUUUCUAUGUUACAGUGCUCUGUAUUACGGCGUUAUAACAAAAUGUAACGAGCUUACCGGGCGCCUAAGAGGAAAAGAAAAAAAAAAAGUGCAAUAACCGGAAUCGUCUGCCCUGAA